AUGGAAGCACCAACAGGUUUCUUCCCCAUCCUCACCAGAAUGAACUUUUCAGAUGAACACAUUGUAGCAUUAACUGUCUCUCUCUUUUUUUCUGCAGUUUGUGGAUGUGAUUUGGCUCAGGGAGGCUUUUUUGUGCGUCAGGGCGAGUUUAUCUGCACUCUGGAUUAUCAGCGACUCUAUGGCACCCGCUGCUUCAGUUGUGAAGAGUUCAUUGAAGGGGAAGUUGUGUCCGCUCUGGGCAAGACAUACCAUCCACGCUGCUUUGUCUGUGCCAUCUGCAAGCAGCCAUUUCCAGCUGGGGGCCGCGUGACGUUUAAUGGGAAGGAGUGCGUUUGUGAGAAAUGCACUCAGCCUGUGCCAGUCAACAGCACGGCAUCCCCACAGGCUGUGCACAAUUGCUGUGCCUGUGGAAAGGAGUUUAAAAAUGAGCAGUCUCUGGUGGCAUUGGACAAGCACUGGCACCUUGGCUGCUUCAAGUGCAAAGUGUGCAAUAAAGUGCUUAAUGCAGAAUAUAUCAGCAAAGACGGGAUCCCCUACUGUGAGGCAGACUACCACGCCAUGUUCGGCAUCCAGUGUGAAACCUGCAAGAAAUACAUCACUGGAAAAGUACUUGAGGCUGGAGAAAAACACUAUCAUCCCACAUGUGCCAGAUGUGCAUGUUGUAACCAGAUGUUUGGGGAGGGGGAGGAGAUGUACCUGCAAGGUUCUUCCAUCUGGCAUCCUCCUUGCAGACAGGCAGCGCGUAUGGAGGAGAAGAGUAAGGUGACUAGAACAUCCUCUGAGAGCAUCACCUCUGCUCCUGCCUCCAGUACAUCAGGUUCCCCUAGCAGAGUUAUCUAUGCAAAGCUGGGUGAUGAACUUCUGGACUACAAGGACCUGGCUGCUCUUCCUAAAAUCAAAGCGAUCUACAACAUUGACAGACCUGACAUGCUCUCAUACUCACCCUAUGUGAGCUACCCUGUGGAGGACAGGACUUUUGGAGAGUCACCUCAGCAACUCACCCCCACUCCAACCGAGGGAGAUGGGGAAAAGUCUCCCCGGCAGAGGAGGCCCUCCAGCCCCAGCUCCAACAGCUCUUUAGGGGGUUAUGGCCGCUAUACGCCUUCCCGCUCACCUCAGACCUACAGCAGACCAGAGCAAUAUCUGAGUGUCAAAUACACCACUCAUCCAGAAAAUGUGUUGCCUGUUCCAACUUCGGGGAGGAGUAGUGCCCAUGGUAGUGCCAGAGGCUCCUCCCCACUGCCUUUGUACUGCGGCAGUGGUAGAAACACACCACAGGCAGGGAGUGGUGGUGUGGCCCUGCCCCUCAACCCCACUACUCUGGAUUUGCUCCAACACCACAACUACAUCCCUUACUUCAGAGGUAGUGAAAGCGGUCGGAGCACCCCCAGUUUCUCCACCUACUCUGAUGGCAAAUCUCCUUCCUCUACAUAUGUGGCGACCCCACGGCAUUUCCAUGUCCCAGAGACUAAAGUCAAAGAUAAUAUCUAUAGAAAGCCCCCUAUCUACAAACAGCAUGGUACAGUCCAGUCUCCGUACAACCAUGUUUCUUUGCAUGCUACCAGAACAAGUUGGAUGAAUCUGAAGAGUGAGAUGGAUGGACAGUCUCCAGAUCUGGACCCCAGGACCUCCACCCACAGCUUACCCACCGAUAUGUCUCAACCCAGUGAGUAACUUCCUUAAAGUCACGUCAGUUCACUCAGUGGCCAUCAUGCUAAUGCUUCUUACCAGGCGGCUGAUCUUGGCGAGGAUGAUGGCGAUCAUGACUCAUCCUGGAGUGGAAUGAGAGAGUACAAGGUCUAUCCCUAUGAUAUGCUAGCUGUGACCCACAGAGUCCGAGUAAAACUACCACGGGAUGUGGACCGCACCAGACUGGAGAGGCACCUGUCACCUGAGGACUUCUACAACGUAUUUGAGAUGACCAUUGAACAGUUUGACCGUUUGGCCUUGUGGAAGAAAAAUGACCUUAAGAAGAAAGCCCGCUUGUUUUAAAUCCCGCCGAAUCGCUUGAAGGAAAGCAAAGAUAAAGAGAAAACCUCUUCUCAUCCAUCCUGUGUGCAUGGAGGAUGAGUGUGAGAGAAAUAUAUAUGCACCUCCGUUCUGCUGCAUAGCUACUGUCAUCCCAUCUCACGCUGAGGAAGAGGGAGCGCUUUCACAACGCUGUUUGCCACCUAGCUUUGUUCGUGAAUGCCGCACCACAUGGUCUGAAUGUUACUCUGAUGCCGGAGAGUCGGCACUAAAUUCUCCAUAUUGUUUUUCUCUUUGAUUGUCUUUGAUCUUGCUCCCUCGCCUGUCUUUGUGAUUACGGCAUUGCAUUCUCUCUUUGUG